AUGUAUAUUGCCAAUCGUCAUAUGAGGAUAUAUGGUACGCUUCGUCAAGUGAAUAAGGCAUUCUAUUACAGCGCCACACGUUUGAUGUUCCAGACCUUUGUGAUCCAACUGGACUGGGAAGUUCAGGGGUGUGACUUUCCCUUUAUCAAAUUUGAAGAGCUCUGCUGCAACGCCAACGCUCGCUACGUUGAAAGAUUGGUUAUCAAAUGCUGCGAAAGAACAGCAGGUCCAGCUGCAUAUAACCCUGGAGACUUUGCUGGCUCUUGCAAGAAGUUCGCGCUUCAUCUCAGGCAACUCCAGUCUUUACGCUCCGUUGUACUGGUUUUCUUCACAUAUCCUUAUGGUAGACACGGCAUGGAGGCGGGUGGCCAUAUCGAGCAGAUAAUCGAGGCUCUUCAACUUGCGCAGCUACCCAAGCUCGAGAGAUUAAGGAUAAUCUAUGAUGCAGCGUCCGAGUUUACGUCUGAGGAUGGCUUACUUGAAAGCCCACCGCCCCAUCAUCCCCCUAUCUCGAGGGGUAUAAAAAGUCUCCAAAGCGUAACCCUUGAUCUUGGGUACAGCCGGGUGACCCGCAGGCAAGACUCCAGUAUAAGUCAAAUCCUUAAACAAGGGGAGAGCCUGGAAUAUGUUGAUGCACAUGGAAUCCAUAAAUUCCCACGAAGUUCAUCAACAUUUCUACACCCAUCGGCUCCCCUACAAUUCUUGCGACUUGCGUUUACAUUUCUCCCGGCCGAGUGCCUCCUUGAACUCCGCCACUUUCAAAACACGUUAAGAGACUUAGGGCUUGACGAUGUGCGACUUAGCAGUCGUUCUUGGGCUGAAGUUUUCAAUUUACUUCAGCAGUAUUUCCGCCCUUCGCAGGCUGCAGGUAGAUAACUGUGGAUACCAAGAUUGCCAAGAUCGUUGGAAAUUUAUCCCUAUGACUGAGUCUGAUCGGCAGGCUUUGCUCCAAUACAUAUUCCAUCGUCCACAGACCUGGGCGAAAUUAGUCCGCAAGAUGCAUCGCUUUCAAUAUCCAUGAACGAACAGUCAAGUCUGGUAGUACUUGCGCAGGAUUCGACAACAGGCACUGGAGCAGAUGGUAAGGUACUUGGCAGAAACCAUGGGCUGGAUGACAAUGUGGAACUUGGCUUCCUUUAAAGAAGUGAAGAAUAUCAAUCCCAUGGCCUGCCCAUCAGCAGGAUGCUAACCCGGGUAUAGAAAUGAUUUCGCGUAGUAAAGUCUCUAUCCCAAAGACGAUAGAUAGGAUCCUGCUGGAGGAAGUAAAAAAAUAAUACAUACGGGAAGAAUUAUAUCGAUGAUAGAAGAACCUGGUCACAUGUUGAAUGUCGAU